GUUUUUGCCUAUUUCUUACAAAUUCCCAACCAAAACUGAAGAAAAAGAAGUGCAGUCCAAGAACAUAAAAAAUGAAGGGAAUCAACCUGAUUCAAAAGAUGGUUAGGCGCGGUGGUUUAUCACUGAAUUUCAGUUCAGUUCGCUGUUCUUCUUCUUCAUCUCUUUAUCAAACCACAAUUGCAAGUCCAGCAAUCAAUGACUCAUCAUUAAAACCAUCACUUUCCAAUAAUUUAUCAGCUUACACUGCCUCAAAACUUCAAUUCCAAAGAACCCUUUGUUCAUCACCAGAUGAUUCUAAUGUUAUGCUCAUUAAAUCAGAAGAACAGUUCAAUAGCUCUAUGAAAAAUGUGCAAGACAAGUGUUUGCCAGCAAUCUUCUAUUUCACUGCUGUGUGGUGUGGACCCUGCAAGUUCAUAGCUCCAAUUCUCAAAGAGGAAAGUAACAAGUACCCUGAUGUUACGACGUAUAAGAUUGACAUUGACCAGGAAGGCCUUCGGAGCGUAUUGAGCCGAUUGGGUAUUAGUGCUGUGCCAACACUCCAUUUCUUCGAGAAUGGGAAAAAGGUAACUGAAGUUGUUGGAGCUGACAUUCAACAAAUGAAGGAUACAAUGGAAGAGCUCUACGGGAAAGAUUAAAUUGGAAAUGGCUUCGAAAGAGCAUUACGUCAUCUUAUGUUUAUUAAUCAGUUUAGUAAUGGAACAAUAGUGAGUUUCUCAUCUUUUCUGUAAUUUCUUCCCUUUUCUAAUUUUGAGAGGCUAUAUUUAUGGAUGAUGCAUUCUUGACCUAAUAAUACCUGAGAUCCAAACUUGGUGACUAAAGCCAAGCAAUUUCGAGUGGACAAGUUUUUAAAA